AUGUUGAGACAAAUCCCCGAAGAGUUUCAUCCAUUCAUUGAUUCCUUGGUUCAUGUAGAGGGAGACGGACACUGCGGAUUUAGAUGUGUUGCUGCAAUGUUGGAUAUGGGAGAAGACAAAUGGGCGAUUGUUCGUCGGACUCUGAUCCAGGAACUUGACACUGAAUUUGACAUGUACUGUUCAAUAUUUGGGAUAGCUGAGGCAAAUGAGAUACGUUGUGCUUUACAUGUCACUUCAGACGGGCCAGUAGGAGACGAUAAGUGGAUGACCGUUCCUAAUAUGGCAUACAUUAUAUCCACAGCUUAUAAAGUGGUGUUCAUGACCCUUGCUAUUAGUGGAUGUAACACUUUCUUCCCAUUGAGAGGAAGUGCAGACCCACCGGCACUCCACAAACGCAUUGCAGUUGCAUUUGUUAAUGAAAAUCACUUUAUUGGGGUUGUUCUUCGUGAUGGGCACCCAAUGCCGCUCACUGCUCACAUGUGGACAUAUCAUCGCAGGAAUGAGGCCAAGACAUGGGUUGAUCCCUAUUCUGCUCGAAUCGACACUUAUAGUGCAUAUCUUGCCGCUAAACAUGGUGGUGGUGAUCACUCAAGAAUAGACCUUAGUGAGGAUUAA